UGACCACUCAUCAAUAUUAUGGCGGUCACAGAGAGUUCUCCAAUGUUCUUAAGAGCUGUCAAUUGUGAAGGUGAAAUUAAAGACAGGUUCUUUAUUGCCAAUUUGUUGAAAGAGGCAAUAAUGGAAGUUGGAUCGAGAAGUGUGGUUCAAGUUGUUACGGAUAAUGCACCGAUAUGCAAGUCUGCAGGGUUGAUCAUUGAGUCACAAUUUCCUCACAUCUUUUGGACACCUUGUGUAGUGCACACUUUAAAUCUUGCUUUGAAGAAUAUUUGUGCACCCAAGAAUACCGAAGCUAACCAAGUUGCUUAUCAUGAGUGUCGUUGGAUUAGUGAACUUGCAGAGGAUGCGGUGCUGGUUUAAGCUUAUCAAGCGUGGUCUGAAAGAGUUGGUUAUCUCUGAUGAAUGGGAAGCAUAUAGAGAAGAUGAUGUUGGAAAGGCUCAAAAUGUGAAGGAAAUAAUUUUGAAUGAUCUUUGGUGGGACAAAGUUGAGAGAGUCAUUUCUUUCACUAAUCCAAUAUAUGAGAUGCUUCGGUGUGCUGACACAGACAAGCCUACACUUCAUUUGAUCUAUGAUAUGUGGGAUUCCAUGAUUGAGGGAGUGAAGGCGUCUAUAUACCGCUUUGAAGGAAAGGAGCUGACCGAAGAAUCAAGCU